UUAUUUCACUUGCUCAAGUUCCAUGUGGAAGACCGGGGUCACCGGGCCUUAUAUAAACUCUGAAAUUGACGGACACUUGCAGCAUGGCAGCCAUGCGGGGCAGCGACAGGUCAGCAGCGGCUGAACUCUUCUUCAAGACGGAGAACUUGGAGAGUGAUGAUGCGGAUGAUGUCAUCAUUGAUGAAGACAUGCUUGACAAUCCCGACAACUCGGAUGAUGAGAUCCUUGAAGGUGAGAUCCUGCUUGAAGAGGUACAAGCUCUCAUGGACGAAGAGAUGGCAGAAGCUGAGGAAAAACAGAAGCAGCAACAGCAGCUUCUACUUGCCGAAGAAGGUAUCACCAACAACGACUUUGUGGGCAGCCAAAACAACCAUCAUGAUAGUGAUCCUAGAAUAGAAGACUAUUAUUCUGACCCAAAUGUUAAUGGUAGAGAUGUUCAGAAGGACCUUAAUGCAUCUAAAAAGUUUUGCUGCAACGAUUGCGGGUUCAGUACAAAUCAGCAAGCUGAGCUGUCCAUACACGUGGCAACCAACCAUCCCACCACAGAAGCUUUUGAUUGUACAGAAUGUGAGUUUACUGCACCAACGGAGGAAGUCCUUAACAAGCACAUGCAAGAUUUGCAUGUCAAGCUGAAACCAUAUAAGUGUAAAGGAUGCAGUUAUGUUUCAUCACAGAGAGUUCUGCUUGAUAAGCAUAUUAUGCGCUUCCAUCUUGGUCUGAAGCCCUUCAAGUGCAUGCAGUGCGACUUUGCGACUAUUUGGGAGUCAUGUUUGGUGACGCAUAUCCAAGUCAUCCAUCUCACCGACACUCCGUUGCAGUGCGACCAAUGUGGGUUCAAAGCUAUGCAUCAGCAAGAACUUAAGUCACAUGUUGACCAGGUCCAUCAUUCUCCGGAGGUCCCUAUGUUUAAAUGCAGCGAGUGCUGUUAUAAGGCCCCCAAGAGCUCCACCAUUAGGAUCCAUGAACGCAUUGUGCACCGAAAAGAGCAAACUUACUCUUGUCAAGAGUGCGACUACAUCACCAAAACCCCGGCUGACCUCAAGGCUCACCAAAUGACCGUCCACGAGAAUAUCAAUCCCUUCAAGUGCCCGGAUUGUUCUUACACGUCCCUGAAAAUCUCGCAGAUCAAGAAGCAUCGUGACAACGUCCAUUUCAGGAAAAAGCCCUUCAAGUGCGACAAGUGCCCCUACUCAGCGCCCACCAACUCGCACCUCAUGUCCCAUGAUCGCUCUGUGCACAUGGGCAUCAAGCCGUUCAAGUGCCAUGAAUGCAGCUAUGCCGCCUCCCUGCAGUCGGGACUUGAGCGCCACAUAAACGCCGUGCACUUGCGACUCAAGCCAUUCAAGUGUCCUGACUGCAAUUUCUCUACCUCGACUCCAUCGUACGUUGAAAAGCACCGCAAUACAGUUCACUUGGGACUCAAACCCUUCCACUGCAACGCAUGUUCGGUGCGCUGUGCCACGCAGAUUGAUCUUGAGAGACACAUCAACUCGGUGCAUCUCAAACUUAAACCUCAUAAAUGCCCGCGAUGUUCGUUUGCUUCUGCCAAGAAGUCCUACCUCUCCAAGCACAUCAAAGCCAUCCACCUGGGGCUGGAGCCAUACAAAUGUUCCUCCUGCACCUUCACCUCACGCACACAGUCUGCGCUGACCAAACAUCGCAGCAUCGAGCACAACCAGACCGUGCCCAACUACCUCUAGACAACCAGACCGUGCCCCACUACCUCUAGACAACCAGACGCUGACGCUGCAUCUUAUUAUUCCUGUUAUUCCUGACGCAUUAAAUGAAACUGUAAUUAAACUGAUGAGAUUUUGUGGAUGAUUUAAAGCCAUAAAUGACAUUUCCAUUGUAAUUAAUAUUCAUAUAAUAUUUUCUUUGUAUAAUUUAGAGUAGCAUAGGUAUACUAUUGUAGAAAUUGUGCUAUUGUUCCUCCUAGUAAGUCCUUGUACUAAAUAGGACCUAGAUGAUGGACUAGUACGAGUUUACUAGAACUUCUAGUAACUUUUGCGCUGUGAAGUAUACUGCGUUCAUGUGAGUGAUACCUAGAAAUCAACUUCUCUAGAUGAAAAAGACUAUUUUUUCAACAUUGCUGUUGUUGCUCUAGAAAUCAUUUCUUCUCUGAUUGAAAAUCUAAAGUUGUAGGAAUUUUUUAUCUAGGAAUUUUU